AGGCGCGCCGGAGCCCUGGAGGUGGAUAAGCUGGUAGAGCCCGCUCUCUCUCAUGCCAUGCUGGGCCACAAGGGCUCCGGGAGACGCUGCUACAUAUUACCGAGAACCGGGAUGGAGGAGAGGCGGUGGGGGGAAGAAAAAAGUUUCGUUUAAAACUGGCAGAGAAACUUUCAACAUGAAGCCUCAUUGGCGCACCAUGUCACCAUCACAGCAACACCAGCGCUAGAACAAAGCUUGCUUUUAGUGAAUAUAUUUUUUACCUCCCAGCGCGUGUUUUUCUCCCCUCUUGUACUCUUUUCUGCGUGCAAGGCUGGCCGGGGCUUGCUGUCAUUGCGCGCUGAGAUGUUGGAGUGACCAUGGCUGCGCAAGUGGCAUCGGCUCCGACCAGAACUAAUAACAAAAAUAAGAAAUUAUCCAGCGGGUUGGGACCGGAGCUCAAUUCGGGGAAAUCCGGAGGAGGAGGAGGAGGGACCGUACAGCGGACUGGACCGAUGCUGGGUGCCGGAGAUGGGACUCUGAAUAAUGUAGACCAUCACCGCCGAAACGAGCUGAACAUGGUCCAUUCAACUUCCACGAGUCAUAACGCUCCGGACGGCCACGACAAGGAUGGGAAUAACCUCACGUCAGCCUCGGCGUCGACUAAUUCAUCCACUUCCUCGAUGGAAACGGGCUUGAUCGCGAACCAUAAGCUGAAAUGUGUGGGGAGCGGAGAUCCCCCUCAGCCUCAGCCGCCGCCGCAGCAGCAGCAGCCGCCAUCGCAAUUCGGCCAAUUUGCGCCACAUCAGCAGCGACAGAUCCAAAGUAACAACACCGCAAAUAACAACGGCCAGGGGCCCCGUGGGGACAGGGGUAUGGAUCACCCACACCACGGUGGUAAAGAGAACCUGUUGGGGGGCCAGGGGGAGCCACAGCAGCAGCACAUACCAGGGAAAGGUGAGGGGGAGCUCACCUGUAAACCUGCAGAGAGGAUGAUGGGGAGCAGGUAUGAGCACUCCAACUUGGGACCAACUAAUAACAACUCCGAGUUUAAUAACAACAACUAUUACACUCCAAGGUCUUGUUAUGAGCAACAUGGCGGACAGCACCAACAAAGCAGUGGGAUGGGGAUAACGCACUCCACGGCGCAUAACAGCAUGGAGAACUCCCACGAAGCUGGGUACCACAACAGCCAGUACAACCAGUACCCGUCGUACCGCGCGGGCUACGGUGGCGGGGCCUACGGGAUGAUGGGCCCCUCCGGAUGCAGACAACCUGGGAACAUGAUGAUGGGCAGUAACUCCCCAGCAAGCCACGGCAAGUCUCCUCUUGGAGCAGCUGCCUCGGGUGGCUUUCAGAGGUUCCCAGGACAGACUCAGCAGCAGCAGCAGCAGCAGCAGCAGCAGCAGCAGCAGCAUCCCUCAGGGGCCACCCCGACCCUCAACCAGCUGCUUACCUCUCCGAGCCCGAUGAUGCGGGGUUAUGGCGGUGCAUAUCAAGACUACAGCGGCCCCACGGCUCAGCAGCAAGCCGGCAUGGGCCUGGGGAAGGACGUGGGGCCACAGUACGGGGCCACUUCGGCUCACGGCUGGGGAGGACAGCAGAGAAAUCACCCCCAUUCUAUGAGUCCGGGGAACGGGGGACAAGGCCUGGGCAGGACACAGGUGUCCUCCAUGGACUUCAUGGCUAUGAAGCGCUCGCAGCUGUACGGCAUGGCCAACAAUCCGUACUCGGCCCAACAACAACCAGGGGGCGGGCCUUAUCCCCCUAGCCAGCCAUACACGUCGCCUCCCCCACACCGGUAUCCAAUGAGCAUGCAGGGGCGAGGGCAAAUGGGCAUGGGCGGGAUGCAGUAUCCUCAACAACAGCAGGUGGCACCGUACGGCCAGCAGGGAAUGGGGGGCUACAGCCAGCAGCAACAGCAGCAACCACAGCAGCAACAGCAGCAGCAACAGCAGCAGCAGCAAGCGGGGCAGCAGGGAACCCCUCCGUAUUUCAGCCCCCCUCAACAGACCCCUCCAGGCCCGACCCAGAGCCCCUACUUGCAGCCUCGGCCACCACCACAGCAGGAGCCACAGCAGGAGAGUUAUAACACCAGGGGGCCAGUCCCAGGAAAUUCUGGCAAGUCCAACAAUGAAGACGGUAUCUCCCAAGACCGCCCAUCUAGUCUGCCGGAUUUGUCUGGUUCAAUUGAUGACCUCCCUACUGGGACGGAGGUUGGUCUGGGCUCAGCCGUCAGCGCCGCCGGCUCCUCCAGCAGCAGCAGCAGUAGCAGCAGCCAAGGGGAGCAGGGAGGCACCACCAACCAGGGACAGUCGCCCUUCUCUCCACACGCCUCCCCCCACCUCCCCAGCCAGAGGAGCGGGCCUUCUCCCUCCCCUGUGGGCUCACCCGCAGGAUCAACGCAGUCCCAGCAGUCGCGAUCCGGCUCUGGACCCAUCUCUCCUGCCAGCGGACCCUCUGCCAACAACACUGCACCAGGUUCAACCAUGGCCCCACAAAACUCUGGGAAUGGACCAGAUGGAGCCCACCCUCCAAUCACCCGCUCACCUAUGGCUCAGGAGAGAGGGUUCAUGUCCAAUAUGCAGAGAAACCAGGGUGGUUCCCAGUUUGCCUGUCCUCAGUCUGGUCCUCCCAUGUCCCCCCACCCUGCACCUGGAGGCCCAUUGUAUCCUGGAAUGGGUCCCUACUCCCAAAGUGGUCCCACAGGCCCUUAUGGAUCUCAAGGAUCACAGUACGGACACCAAGGUAACUACCCUCGGUCCUCCAGCUACGGUGGGUCUGGCAGCUCCAGCUACAGCGGCCCCGGCCCCGGCAUGUCCAACAGUCUGGGGAUGAAUGCCAGCAGCCCCAUGCACGGUCAGGGCCCCAGCCAGCCCAUCCCCGUAGGACGGAGCCACGGUCCAGGAAACCAGAACAGGGGGUACCCUCCCAUGGCCCCCAGCUCCCCCAGCAUGCCCCAGGCAGCAGGACCAGGGAUGGGCCCUCCAUCUUUGGGUGCCUCAAAUCGCAAAGGCCAGGAAACCACACCGCCCAUGUCAGGAUCUAACUCAACUCACAACAGGCAGCCUCCGUAUGUGAGGUCCCCAGUCCAGAUGCAACCACACCCUCCCAGCUCCAUCCACUGGCCUGCACCUCACACUGCCUCCUCCUGCACACAACCUUCACCAUCUCCCAGACCUAACCACCCACCCAUCCUGCCACCCUCACAUUCACAACUCCCUAGGCAGGGCAACUAUCAAGGUCCUGGUAUCAGCCAGGUGAGCACCAUGGCCCCCACGGUCCCCUACAGCCAGCCAGCGGGUAACAGCAGUUCAGCCAUGGGCAACGCACAAAGUCCAGCCUACAACAUGCCACCCUCAGCAGCCAUGGUAAUGUCAGGAGACGGGGUGAUGAGUCCAGAUGGGAAACCGAAAACAGACGUAAAAGACGACAACGGCGCCGCCAACGACCCUCACAAACCAAAGCUACAGGACGGCUACAGCAACAACAACAGCACCGGCAGUUCCCAACAGUGUGUGUCCCAACCGGCCACACCAGGCGGCGCCCUGCCUGUGCCCUCCCCCCUCUCCCCCAGCCCGGCCAGCCUGUCCUCCUACCAUGGAGAUGACAGCGACAGCAUCAGCAGCCCCCCCUGGCCUCUCAAAACCCCCUCCAGCCCCAAAGCCAACCCUAACUCCUCCACCCUCAGUGGGGAGCGAAUCACGCGGCUGUUUGAGCUCGGCGUGGAGCCAGAGAGGCGGGUCUGGGUGGAGCGAUACCUGUCCUUCAUGGAGGAAAGGGGCACUCCUGUUGCCCAGCUGCCCGCUGUGGGCAAGAAGCCUCUGGACCUCUGGAAACUUUACAUGGCUGUUCGGGAAAUUGGCGGCCUUGCCAUGGUAAACAAGAACAAGAAGUGGCGUGAGCUGUCCACCACUCUGAACGUGGGCACGUCCAGCAGCUCUGCGAGCUCUCUGAAGAAGCAGUACAUCCAGUAUCUGUUUGCCUACGAGUGUAAGAUGGAGAGGGGAGAGGAGCCACCUGCAGACAACAGCAACAGCGGUGGCAGCGGUGGUGGAGGCAGUGGCGUGGCUGGAGGGGAGAACAGGAAGCAGGUCAAGAUCCAGCCACCCUCGCCCGCAAAUUCAGGUGGAUCCCUCCAAGGCCCGCAGACGCCCCAGUCCUCUGGUAGCAGCUCUACGGCAGAAGCAGGAGGAGAUCUGAAACCCCCGACUCCUGCCACCACCCCACUGGGACAGGUCACGCCGCUGCCCCCCAACAGAAGCAGUGUGAGUGUACAGGACCCCUUCUCGGAGGUGAGCGACCCAGCCUUCCAGAAGCGUGCUACAUCCCUGCCCCCCUCAGCGCCGUACCAACAGGGCCUCGGCAUGCCUGACAUGAUGAUGAGGAUGCAGUACGACACCAAGGACCCCUUUGCAGGGAUGAGGAAGAUGGCAGGAGGUGAUCCCUACAUGCCCAGUCAGAUGCCCAGUAGCGGUAUGCAGGACAUGUACGGUCGCCCACCAUCUGCUUUGAGCAUGAACCAGCGGUCUCAGUACCCAUAUGGACCAGGAUAUGACAGAAGACCGGACCACGUGAUGGGGAUGGACGGCAGCAUGGGGCCGCCAGGGAGUCAGAAUAACAUGGGACCUUCUAACAGUGAAGGCAGCAUGUAUUCUCCCAGCAGAUAUCCAUCACAGCAGAGACAUGAUGGCUACGGGCAGCAGUAUCCUGGCAUGCCAUAUGGGAUGCAUCCAUCUGGGAUGUACCCUCAGCAACAGGCCUACAAACGUCCCAUGGAUGGUAUGUACGGCCCCCCACCUAAGAGACACGAGAGCGAUAUGUAUGCCAUGCAGUACACCAACCAGCAGCCGGACAUGUACAACCACUAUGGAGGAGGCUAUUCAGGUCCUGAACACAGACUGAUCCAAGGGCAGUUCCCCUACCCGUAUCCACGAGACCGCAUGGGGCCCUCAAGCCAGAGCCAGCACAGUAUGAUGGGUGGGGGAUCCACUCCUAACCACGCUGCUGAUGGCCCCAACAUGUGGCCGUCCAGGACAGACCUUGGCUAUCCCUACCACAACCGACAGGGCCCGUCAUCACAGAUACCACCGUACGGCUCCAUGGGUAGGGAGGACAUGGACGGACGGCCCGGUCAGGAGCAGUGGCACCGCCAGUCGAGCUACAUGUCAUCAUCAGGAGCCAUGCCUCCCCUUUCUUCACGUCAGCCCCCCUCAUCCUACUCCAAUUCCCCGUCCAUGGUUAACCACCUGCCCAGAGCGCCGAGCCCAGGGGCCUUCCAGCGCUCCAUGGACGCCCGGAUGUCACCCAGCAAAGUCCCCUUCAUGUCACCCUUAAAGAUGCCUAAGCCUGGGAUGACCAUGCUGGGGUCUCAGGGCAGCGGGCUACUGGGUCAGUUUCCUCCAAAUCUAAGGAGGGACCUCAACUACCCACCUGGAUCAGCAGAGGCCUCCAUGCCGAUUCUGAAACCACGACGCAAGCUCACCUCCAAGGACACUGGAACGCCUGAGGCCUGGCGCGUGAUGAUGUCUCUGAAGUCUGGCCUGCUGGCAGAGAGCACAUGGGCUCUAGACACCAUCAACAUCCUGCUGUAUGAUGACAGCACUGUGGCCUCCUUUAACCUCUCCCAGUUGCCUGGCUUCCUGGAGUUGAUUGUGGAGCACUUCCGCCGUUGUUUAAUUGAGAUGUUUGGCAUCCUGGAAGAAUUUGAAGUGGGGACCAUUGCUCAGAAAAGUGUUUCGGACCCUGAUACUUGCCAGGAGCCAGAACCCAUCUCUGACCAGGAAACAGACUCUUCCGUCCAACCUGAAUCCGAGUCGGGCCCGGUGACUGAGGAGCCGGUGCAGCCAGCAGAGGGCGCCACUGAGGAGUCUCCAUCAGUCACUGCAGAACCAGAGUCAGCUGAGGUCAGCGGUGAGCACGAGCCAUCAGGGGAGAGCGUAAAGAAAGAUAAAAGUGAAGAAGACUGUGAGAAAGAUGAAGGAGAAGAAAAGGGUGAAAAGAGUGGAGAGAUUAAGGAUGAGCCGGAGGAGCAGCCUGCUGCAGAGCUUGAACCUCGGCCUAAACAAGCCAGCAAAUACGAUAAGCUCCCAAUCAAGAUUGUACACAAAGAGGACCUGAUUGAAGACUUGACUGAGCACUUAGGUUACGUCACUGAGUUCACCAGUGGGCUGCUCCACUGGCAGGCUGGAGGAGGUGACUCCACUGCUCACAUUCAGACACACUUUGAGCCCCGGACCGAGCCUCCUGCCGCGGAGCAACAGAAAACGAAAAAAGCAGAAAGCAACACAGAUGAUGGACAGAAACCAAGGAAACAUAUCACUGCUACUAUCGAUGAUGUUCUGUGUGCUCGAGUUGAUGCCCUGUCUUAUGCCCACCCUGCACGCUCCCUGCCAUCCUACCCCUUCAGGGUGCAUUCGGACGGUGAGAAGGACAACAUCACCCUGCUGGAGGACGAGCCUCGGUGCCUGGAUGAGGCUCCGCUGUCCACAACCUCUGCCUGGCAGGAUUCGCUCUCUAAACGGUGCCUCUGUGUUUCCAACAUCGUUCGAAGCCUGUCCUUUAUCCCCGGGAACGACUUGGACAUGUCACGCCAUCCUGCUUUGGUUCUGCUUCUGGGCAGGCUCCUCCUGCUGCACCACCAGCACCCGGAGAGGAACAGGUCGCCCCCUACCUACCAGAGAGAUGAACAGCAGGAGCAGGGGCUGUCGAGCAGUAAAGAGGAGUGGUGGUGGGAGUGUCUGAGUCUGCUCAGGGAGAACGCCAUGGUCACACUGGCCAACAUCUCAGGCCAGCUGGAUCUCUCCAAAUACUCAGACACAAUCUGCCUUCCCAUCUUGGACGGCCUUCUCCACUGGAUGGUGUGCCCCUCGGCUGAGGCCCAGGACCCCUUCCCAUCAGCAUCGGCACACUCUCUGCUCUCACCACAGAGGCUGGUGCUGGAGUGCCUCUGCAAGCUGAGCAUCCAGGAGGGCAACGUCGACCUCCUGCUAGCUACUCCACCUUUCAGCCGACAAGAGAAACUCUUCACUGUCUUGGUACGCUAUGUGGGCCAGAGGAAGACCCAGGUCUACAGGGAGAUGGCAGUGGCGGUCCUUGCCCACCUGGCACAGGGAGACCCCACAGCAGCACGUGCUAUCGCCAUGCAAAAGGGCAGCGUGGGUAAUUUGGUAGGAUUCUUGGAGGAUGGUGUUAGCAUGGCACAGUACCAGCAGAACCCUCACAGUCUACUGCACAUGGGACACCCCCCUAUGGACCCACCUAGCAUCAACAUGAUGUGCAGAGCAGCUAAAGGCCUCUUGGCCAUGGCUAAAGUGGAGGAGAACAAAACUGAGUUUGUGCUAUACGAAAGCAGAUUGUUAGACAUCUCCAUUUCAUCGGUGCUCAAUGCAGGAGUGGUGGCCAUCAUUUGCCAAGUUCUCUUUCACUUGGGGAAAUUAUGACAGGAGGAGAGACAGGACUCGCACAGCAAACACUAAGGCGGACAAGAUAUUCCUGUGGUUUUCUAUUUUUAUUUAUCAAAAUGACAGAAAAUGUUUGUUUUUUUAAAAGAAAUAUCCACAUAAACAGAAUAUCUCUAUAUGUAUAGCUUCUGGGCCCUCUUAAAAAAGCGAGUUUUGGAUUUGAAAGCUCAUUUUAAUACAAAUAUUUAAUACCUGCUGGUGUUGGAUUGCAAUGUUUGAAAUUUUGUUUGACAUUUGUUUUUUGUUUACUUUACUUUUUCAGCCAAAGCUGCCACCAGAUUUUGGUGCUGAAUUAUGUGUUUCCUUUUGAGUCAAUGAGUUGUUGAGAUGUUUUUCAGUUUUUAUAAAUGCUAAUACACUCAUCAACAUUUUGUUAAUGGAGAGUAUUUAUUUAAAAUGUGACACUGUACAGUAGUUUGAACUUUUUGCCAACAAAUGUGGAGGAAAACCAACACUGACUUUUUAAACUGAAAUGUAUACAUCUCCUUCGCUGGAAGAUAAAUCGUGCAAUAGGACUAGAGCAAGGUGUCUCUUGAAGAAUAACCAGAGGAUGAUGUAAAUCUUUACAGACACAUGCAGUGUGUGCUUUAGGCCAUGAGGAGGCAGCAUUGCACCAGCCAAUCAACCUGAGAGAAGAGCAUCUGUCAAAAAGAAGUGUCUAAUUUAUCAAUCAUAGCCUCAACGACUUUCACAGAUGAAUUUUGUGUUUCCUAAGCACUUGUGUUAUGUCUGUAUUUUUUCAUCACUGUGUAUAUAAACGGUUGUACAAUGGACGCAUAUGAUUCUUUCAGUCUCAAUCAAGCAUAGCAAGAGAUGGGACUUUCUGACUAUUAUAAACAAAUGCUUUUAUUGUUGGUAAAAUUUGUUAUUGUUAUUAUACAUAUUUUGUUAAUGGGGUCAAAUAUUUGAACAUGGCAGAUGUAACUGAUGUUUCAAUGUAAAAAAAAAAAAAAAAUCCUGUAUGCAUUGUAUUAUAGCUGAGAAAACAAUCGCUUUGGUAAUCAAACAUGGAAGUGCCAGGGUGAGAGGAUAACUAGGUGAGGUUACAUAGAGAAACUGAACAUAUUUCUGUUCAUUUAUGUCCUCCAUUCAUGUCAAUGGGCAUAUUUUUGAAUCUAGAUCAUGCUCUAAAAGAAAAGUGUGAAAAAGAACCCUCAAAAUGUCCAAGAGCUCAUUGUAAAAUUUGCCUUUUUUCGUAUGACUGUCUCUCUUUUAUUCAGUAUACACAUUUAUACUCUGUGCUGCACAUGUCACAAAUAAAUGUACGAUGAACAUCGUUAAGCACCGGAGACGUUGCAUUAUGUCCAGACAAUCUUAGGUCAAUAAAACAAACAUCAGCUGCUUA